AUGAGCCGGUAUCUGACCCCAGCAAAGAUUACGCUGCUGGUCCUCGCUCUGCUCUAUACAGAGGAUGUAGUUCCGACCAAAGAAGCCACAGUCGUGUUGUCCUUUAUCCUCUCACAGAUUGUACCAUCAAGCAAGCAUUCUCCAUUAUUCCGGGAAAGCACAGAAUUCGAUCAUGCUGUUCCAAUAACUGAAUUCGAAGCCACGUUGUCCUCCCGUCCCUCUGCGAGACCUGGCAGAACUUUAUUUGAUUUGCUGCUGAAAAGAUUGUGGGCCAUUGAUUGCUCGCAUGCUCUCGAUGCCUUUAUCACAUACCUUCCUUCGCUUCUGACGAAAUCCCGAGAGGAGCUCCUGAGGGACCGCGACAGUGGGGAAGAAUCUGAUCAAACCCAGGGCCGAAUUCUCAGAACAUCUCCCCUGGGCGCUUUUAUUCGUCGCUGCCAUUUGGAAUACACAAGGCUGCAGUUUCAGGACAGCAUCACUCUUUGGCAGGAUUUCAUUUAUUACAGAAACCCGACUCGCGAGAUAUAUGAGAAGAAGAACUACGUGGGCAAUAGAAAUGCCCUGGACUCGAACUUCGCAGAUCUGGGCCUCGAUUCAUCGCAUCCUCUGGCCCAAUUGAUGUACGGAAGACUUGCCGAAGACGAGCAAAAGUAUCAUGGCGCGUACAGUAUGUACGACGUCGAAAAAUUGAUGGAAUUCCAAGUCACCGAGAUCCAGCGUGUCGGCGGAAGACUCCCUGACGGCAUGAAAUUGAAGCUUCAAAAUAUGUCUAAGGCUGGGACCGUCCUCCCCAAACUGGGGAAUUAUCUCAACUUCCUUGAUUCAUGGCGGGCUGGGGAUUACUACUCUGCCUUUGACAAUUUGCACAGAUACUUCGAUUACGCAAUGCAAACACGAGAGAGAUCAAUCUAUCAAUACGCUUUGCUCAACCUCGCCAUUCUCCAGGCAGACUUCGGAUGUCACACGGAAGCACUUUCUGCCAUGCAAGAGGCCAUCGCCACCGCCCGAGAAAACAAAGACACGGCAUGCCUCAAUUUCUGCAUGAGCUGGGUAUAUCAUUUCGGGCGGUCUUUUCCUGGCGAAAUGGACGCCAUACGCGACAACGGCAUUCUCGGCAGCGAAGUCGAGGGACUUGCAUUUCUAAAAUCCCGGGCCAAAGAUGCGGAGAUGUGGAGCCUUUUGGGCACGACACUGUUGAGCGAGGCGAAGCUUGGUAUGCAGUACGGAGACAGCCUCGCAGGAGUGUUCGAAAACAUCGCCAAAUCAUCGUAUCUCAGUGUGGUACGAUCCACCCAGAACACCACCGGGCCAAUGUUACUCAUCAAAGGCGCCGCGUUUAGCAGGAUUGGUCUUGGUCAUCUGAGCUGGUUCUGUGGACAAGUAUUUCUGCAGUGCCAUUCCAAGGACGCCCCGCUUGAAGAUCUGUUCAAAAACUAUUGUCGCAUCGCCGGACUUCUGGUCCAACGUGGCAGAUAUGCUGAAGCUCAGCAAUUGCUGGACAAUGUCCCGUCGAAUGUGCAUCGACGAAUGAGGUUCCAAAACUCCAUUGGCUUCUACUCCGGCUUGUUGAAGGCUCGAAGGCUGAUACAUCGGGACAAUCUCGAUGCUGCGGAACGCUUGCUUGACCGACUGCGCGGACAAGGGGCGCCAGAUGUGAAAGUUGAAUUUUCACUGUCACUGCUUGAGGUUGAGCUCCUCAUACGUCGAGGCACUCUCGACCAAGCUCUUGAAAAAGUUGGGGAACUAGCACAGGGAGCGGACAAGAGCAAUGAAAUCAACGACAUCGCCGUACAGACCCGGCUGCUGAACCUCAAAGCACGGAUCUUGGCUGAGAGCCGACAUCCGCUCAAGGGCUUCUCGCUUGUCAUGCGCGCAGCGCAGAUCGCAUACCGAGGACGGAUUCUCCCCUCGUUAUGGACAUCGGUCUGUCUUCUUGCCACAAUUCUGAACGACCUCUGUGAGUUCUCCGCCGCUGCCGAGCUUCUGCAAUCGGUCUUGCCUCAGGUGCUGGAAUGUCAGGACUGCGAACUCGCCGCUCACUCAUAUUCCGUCCUUGCAGACGCAAACAUGGGUCUCGCUGGCUCAUUAUCAGGACCAGACAAGUCUUCUGCAACAAAGCAAAAGGAGCUCAUUAACAAAGCAAUGGAAAAUAUCGACCACGCAUAUGCACAGUAUAGGUACAUUGAAGACCUACAGGGGCAGCUGGAGAUGCUGAAGAAGAAGGCCACCAUCAUGCACUGGAGAGGGGAUUUGGUGUUGGCGAACGACACAGCGACGCAGUAUUUGGGCCUGAAGAAGGAGUACGAAGCCCUGAAUGUCUGA